AUGUCAAAAAUUCUUAAUCCUAAAGAUUAAACAUCUUUAUUAGAGAUUGAAAAUCAAGUUGAAUUCAGUUAAAAAAAUUGUGCUUAGGUUUUUUUCUUUACAUGGGUUUAUCGAUUAUUGGGGGUAAAAUUUAUAUAAAGAAACUUAUUAUAGAUUGGAAAGAAUAAGCCUUUAGUAUAGACUGACCUAGUGAUCAUAGAUUAAGAUUCUAAUAUGGGAACUUCUCAUUCAAAAUUUUUGGCCGCAUUUAGAAAAUAGGAUUUAAAAAGAUCUUUAUACUAAUCCUUUAAAUGUACUUUAUAUUCUUAAACUUAAGGGCUAAUAUUAUUUUGUGCAUUAUUUUAUGUGAUCGUUUCUGGGUUAUAAUUAUGUUAACCAAUUAUAACUAAAGAAUCCUAAAAGUAUUUCAUGUAUGUUGAACCGGAAGAUAAGCCUUCAUUAUCAAGCAUGUUAUAUUUUGCAGCCAUUUAACUUAUUUACAUGAUAGCCCUUUCUUUAAUUAAACCAUAUUAAUUGUUUUAUUCCUCGCUUUUGAGUGUAAAAUAAUAAGGAGCAUUGUAACAAGAGAUACUGAUUAAGACUUUAAAAUUUCCUAUCUCUCGUUCUAAACACUAUUCAACUGGAGAACUUAUCAAUAUGAUGUAAGUUGAUAUAAAUUAGGCGUCAAAUUAUUUUUAUAACGCGGUAAUUAUUUUUACAGUUCCUUUAUAAAUGAUAUGUGCCUUCGUAGUAAUAUUCAUAACAUUGGGAAAUCAAGCAAUAGUUCCUGCAGUUGGAGCAAUAAUUUAAGCAAUAAUUGGGUUGAUUUUUGGAUAUUUAUAUGGAAUUGUUUAAAAGAGAUACAUGAUUGCAAAGGACAAUAGGAUGAAAGCUGUUGAUGAAGCAUUGAUAUAUGCUAAGCAAGUUAAAUUGAAUACAUUUGAAGAUUUUUUCGAAUAAAGGAUAAAAAAUUAUAGAGAAAAGGAGCUCAAGCAAUUGAAAACUUAAGUUUUAAUGAUGAUUUUUAUCCAAUUAAUAUAAGGCUUUGUGGGAAUCUUAACUUGGGAGUGUGUCUUUUUAUUUUCAGAUGACAUCAAUUUUGCAACUAUGAGCAUUAUGAUGUAAAAUUACUCGAGUAUUUUGAACAUUUUAUCAAAUUUGCCUUUACAAUUUAAAAAUUUUUAGAUGUCAAGAAACUCAAUGGCAAGAUUAGAUAAUUAUUUUGAAUAGAAGGAAUGCAAUGUAACAGAAAGAUAAAGUGAAAGUAAUAGUAAUUUUGCAAUAAAAAUAAAUAAGGGUGUUUAUAGUUGGAAAACAAAUGAUUAAAUGAAUUCAGAUGUUAUAGAAAUCAAAGACGAAAAUGAACAAAUAAAUAAUAAUAAUGUUUUUAAUAUAGAUAUAGAUGUAGAAAUUAAAAAAGGAUAAUUUGUUGCAUUUGUUGGAAAUUCUGCUUCAGGAAAGUCUACAAUAUUGAGAUCUAUUUUAGGAGAAACUGAUAAAUAAUCAGGUAAUAUCAUAGUCAAUGGUACUGUCAGUGUAGCAACCUAAGAACCUUGGAUUAUUAGUGGAAGCAUUAAGAAAAAUAUUACUUUUAUGAAUUCAUUUGAUGCUCUUAAAUAUAAAUAAGUUAUUAAGAUUUGUGGAUUAGAAAGAGAUAUAGCUUCAUUUAAAAAUGGAGAUGAUACUAUUUUAGGUGAAAAAGGUGAUAAUUUAUCUGGAGGAUAAUAAAAAAGAAUUAAUUUAGCUAGAGCCAUUUAUAAUAAUGCAGAUAUCUAUUUAUUAGAUGAUCCUACAAGUGCUUUAGAUAUUAAAGUUAAAUAUUAAAUACAUCAAUAAUGUAUUUAAGGAUAUCUUAAAAAUAAGACCAGAAUCCUAUUUACUAAUUCUGUGUCUAAUUUAUAGGAAUGUGAUAUGAUAUAUAUGAUUGAGAAUGGAAGAAUCGUUAAAUAAGGUAGAUUUGCCUAAAUUGCUGGUGUCAAUGAAAAUUAAGAUUUUUCUUAAAAAGAAAUAGUGGACUUUUAAUUUGAGGAUAAACACUAUAAAUAAGAGAACCCUGACAAUUAAGAUGUUAGAUAAAGUUUGAUUCAAAAAGAAGAUUAAGAAAAAGGUGAUAUAUCAAAUUCAGUUAUAAAAUAGGUCUUUGACUAUAUGGGUAAAUACAUGGCUCCUUUGUGCAAUAUCAUUUACUUUAUUACUGUAUUAGGUUGUUAAUUAGUUGGAAAUAAAUUUAUGGCCUAAGAAGGAAUAACAGAUUAGGAGUUCAAACACUUAGGAUUGAUUUAUUAUCCUCUGAUAUAGUCACCUGUGAUUAUAGCUAUAGUAUUAUUAAGUGCAUACUAUUUAAUUAUGGGUUUAUCAACUUCAAGAAAAAUUCACAAUUCCAUAAUUUAUAGUUUAGUAAAUGCCUCUUAUACAAAGUUUUACAAUACAAUUCUUAUUGGAAGAUUAAUGAACAGAUUGAGCAAAGAUAUUUAUAACAUAGAUUUAUUGUUUCCAAAUGAAAUUCAAAAUUUAACCAUUCAAUUAACAACUUUGUUGCUUCCAUUAUUUGCUUGUUUCCUAUACUUAAAUAUUGUUGCCUUGCCAUUGUUAAUCAUCUUUUUUAUUCUUUUGAUCUAUUUAACAGUGAUAUAUUAUAGAUGUUUAAGAGAAAUUACAAGAAUUGAAGCUGUUUCAAAGAGUCCAGUCUUUUCUUUUUUCUAAUAAAUUGUCAGAGGAAUCACUUAUGUCAGAACUUGUUUGCCAUUAGAAAAAGUAGUCAUUUAGUAGUAAAGAAACGUAGAUUUAGAUCUGGGUAAUUAGAUAAAUCUAUUUGGGUUUCAAUAUUGGUACUAGUCACUGGCAGGAUCAAUUACAAAUUUGUUCUAAGCCUUGCUAUUCAUUAUUUGUGUAUCAUUUUUAUAUCAAAUAUAGUUUAUAUUUCCAGGAAAAACUUAACAAAUGACAAUAUUGGUGUUAAAUUAGAUGCAGACAGUAUCAUAAUUACUUUUAAACUCAUCUAUCUCGUAUGGAAAUAUACAAAUGUACCUUAUAAGUUUUGAGAGAUGCUUGCAUUUAGCAAAAAAAAUUGAAUAAGAAGAAAGAAAUAUAUCAUUAGUGACUCCUGGUGGCAAUGACAUGGAUAUUUCUGAAGUGAAAAAAACUAAUAAUAAUAAAGAAGACAAUAAUGUAAUUUUGUAACUUGAAAAUUGUACCUUCCAAUAUAGACCAAAUUCAAAGUGUGUUUUAUAAUAAUUAACAAUAGACUUACACAAAAAAGAAAAAAUUGGAGUUGUCGGAAGAACAGGAGCUGGCAAGAGCUCAAUAAUCUUGGCUUUGACUUCAAUCCUUGAGUAAACAGAAGGUUCAAUAGAAAUAGAUUAGAAAAAUAUUAACUUAUAUUCAAUUAAUGAAUUGAGAUAAAAAUUUGGAAUUAUCCCAUAAGAUCCACUUAUUUUUAUGGGAAAUUUAAAAUAAAAUCUAGAUCCUUUAAAUAAAUUUGAGGAGCCACAUAUCUAAGAAAUCGCAUAAUAAUGUGGCUUAUUGGAAUUGUAGAGUUUUAAAUAAUAAGGAUUAUAUAGUGAAAUUGCAUUAUAAGGAAGUAAUCUUUCUUUAGGCGAAAAAUAAUUAUUAAACAUCGUUAGAUGCAUAUUAGAAAAUAAAAAUAUUGUUUUAGUGGAUGAAGCUACUUCUAAUAUAGAUUCAUAAACGGAAGAACAUGUUAAAUAAUUAUUUUAAAAAUAUUUUUCGAAUGUUGCUAUGAUUUCAAUUGCUCAUAAAGUAACGACGAUCAUGAAUUCAGAUAGAAUUAUGGUAUUAAAUGACGGAUAAAUUACUGAAUUUGAUCAUCCUUAAAAAUUAUUAGCUGAUCCCAAUAGUGAAUUUAAAUAAAUUAUAGAUCUAAUUAAGCAUUCAGAAGCACUGUGA